GUAAAAAACCCCAAACCUAUCAAACUGCCUUCUGCCAUCUCAUUUCCUUUUCCCUGGGAGUGCAGAUGCUGACAGGUGUUUCUGGACCAGGAGCAGCUUCAUGUGACAAAGCUGAACCCCAGGACUGUCCCCUGCCCCCCAUUCCCAUGCCCCCUGCUGCAGAGCAGGGCUGACUCCUCAGCAUCAGUGGGCACAGGCCCUGCUCCUCACUGCACCUCCAGCCAGCACCACACAGGGCUCAGACACCGAGCUGAGGGAAGGUCUGGAAAAGGACAAGGGGUGUGGAACAGUGGGUGGGUGUAUGAGAAAUUAUUUCGACUCUGCUCAGAGAAGCCUCCCCUAACGUCUCACUGUCUUUUCCUUCUGUAACAGUGCCCUAUGCUUGGAGGUAGCAAAUGUCCAACAGCAGCUCCAUCACCCAGUUCCUCCUCCUGCCGUUCACAGACACACGGGAGCUGCAGCUCUUGCACUUCUGGCUCUUCCUGGGCAUCUACCUGGCUGCCCUCCUGGGCAACGGCCUCAUCAUCACCACCAUAGCCUGGGACCAGCACCUCCACACCCCCAUGUACUUCUUCCUGCUCAACCUCGCCCUCCUCGACCUGGGCUACAUCUCAACCACUGUCCCCAAGUCCAUGGGCAAUUCCUUCUGGAACACACGGGCCAUCUCCUACACAGGAUGUGCUGCCCAAGUGUUUCUGGUUGUCUUUUUAGCUUCAGCAGAGUAUUGGCUCCUCACCAUCAUGUCCUAUGACCACUACGUUGCCAUCUGCAAACCCCUGCACUACGGGACCCUCCUGGGCAGCAGAGCUUGUGUCCACAUGGCAGCAGCUGCCUGGGCCACUGGGUUUCUCUAUUCUCUGCUGCACACGGCCAAUACAUUUUCACUGCCCCUGUGCAAGGGCAAUGCCCUGGACCAGUUCUUCUGUGAAAUCCCCCAGAUCCUCAAGCUCUCCUGCUCAGACACCUACCUCAGGGAACUUGGGCUUAUUGUGGUUAGUGUCUGCAUAAUUUCUAUGUGUUUUGUGUUCAUUGUGGUGUCCUAUGUGCAGAUCUUCAGGGCCGUGCUGAGGAUCCCCUCUGAGCAGGGUCGGCACAAAGCCUUUUCCACCUGCCUCCCUCACCUGGCCGUGGUCUCUCUGUUUGUAAGCACUGUCAUAUUAUCUCACUUGAAGCCCCCUACCAUCUCCUCCCCAUCCCUGGACCUGGUGGUGUCAGUUCUGUACUCAGUGGUGCCUCCAGCAGUGAACCCCCUCAUCUACAGCAUGAGGAACCAGGAGAUCAAGGAUUCAGUGUGGCAGCUGAUGACUGGCUGCUUUCCAAAGCAAUAACCUGCUCAUAUCUUCUGCAUAGCAUAUGUAAUGUAAAUCAUUUUCUCACUGAGUGGUUGUGCCCAUGUCCACUGGACACCCUAGAGAACCUGCUGCAGGUCAAUCGUCAUGGACUGGCCUCUCACAACCACCAUUUCCAGCACUGGCUUCUCACUUCAGCUUGAAGAGGUUCUUUGUCCCUCCCUGGCAGCACAACUAAUGAGUAGGUCAGAUGUCCAUGUUUACAUUGUACAGAUAAGAUGUAAACAAAUGCACAAAGUGCUUCUGAGGUGAUGAACCCCAGUGAGCAGAAACACCAUCAGCUAUUCCUUGGGUUUCCAUGAAGUUCAGUGGGACAGACAGUGUCUUGAUGUGAUUUCAUGUUGAGAGUAACAUCCUUUGGGAAACCACCUGAAUGUAGCACUGGGAUGUGCUUCCUGGAACAGAAGAUCCCGUGUCCAUUCUUUAUGCCAUGAGGCAUCUCAUGUAAGUGCAGAGAAGGGUGACAAAUGGCAGGGCUGAGGUGCCUCCCAGCCUCCUGGAGUGGCAGCAGGAGGUCAGAGAGACACAGUGACUCCUGCACGUGUGUGUACAAGGGAAACACUCUGUCUCUCCACAUCCGUGGGUGCAUAAGGAGUCCAUGGUGAGGUUACUUCUCUCUGGUCA